CUGGCUGAGGGUUGCACCUUUAAAGAGUCUCCUGCAUGCACUACAGCAGCACAGCUGCUCCUUUUGCCCUUCUCCCCACCCCCCCUUCUCCCCACCCCCCCUUCUCCCCACCCCCCCUUCUCCCCACCCCCCCUUCUCCCCACCCCCCCUUCUCCCCACCCCCCCUUCUCCCCAUCUCCCCUUCUCCCCACCGCCCCUUCUCCCCACCGCCCCUUCUCCCCAUCUCCCCUUCUCCCCAUCUCCCCUUCUCCCCGUUCGCCCUCCCUUCUCUCGUCAAUUUCUUCCCUCCUCCCCUCACCCCCCCCCCCCCUCUCCUCCCCCCCUUCUCCCGCCCCCCCACGCCAGAACGACAGCCUACAACCGGUCUGGAUUAUGGCUGUAGAGUAUAUAGACAAUGCGAGCACAGGCAAUGCUAGCGCAGGCAAUGGCAGCGCAGGCAACUCAAGCGCAGGCGGGGAGGAGUACCGCGUGUCACUGGCAGCUCUCAGCCUGCUGCGCGGCCGCACCGCCUUAUUCGACGCCCUCCUCUCCCGCCGCCCUCUCGUGGCCGCGCAAUCCGCAACCCCUGCUGCUGCCCCUCCAUUAGCAGCAACAGCAGCAGCAGCAGCAGCAGCAGCAGCCACACCGGUGGUAACCACAGCAGCAGCAGCAGAAGGAGAAGGACGAGGAACAGUGGCAGCAGCGGCAACGGCUGUGGCAGCAGCAGCAGGAGGAGGAGAGGGAGGGGAGGAUGUGGUGCAGUCGGUCACGCUGCAGUCGUUCACCUCCCCUCCCGCUCCCUCCCUCAUACUCAAAAUAGGAGAGGGAGGGGAGUAUGUGCUGCGGUCGGUCACGAUGCAGGCCGGGUCGAAGCGUGCGAGCACGCGCGAGGAGCAGGAGAAGGCGUUGAGGCACGUGGUGUCACUGCCGCCCAUACCGUGUGGCAUUGAGUUCACUUACGUUGACCCGUCAGAUGCUGACGUGCAGCGCGUGGCACGAGGGGCGGUGGCGAGUGAGAAUGAGAGGCAGGUGAGUGGUGGGAUGGGAUGGGGUGGGGUGGGACCCAUGCUCAGCCUGUCUACUUCUUUCCGUCCUCCCCCCCCCCCUCCUUCCCUCUCCCUCCUUUCGACCCCCACAGGGCAGCACGCUGCUACUGAUCUCGCUGCUGGAAAGCCAACGUUGAGGCACAUGUUCAGGCACUUCCUCGCCCUCUCUCCAACCCUCUCCCCCCCGCAGGGCAGCGCACUGCUGCUGAUUCCCGUGCUGGAGGCACAGGUGGUAGUGCCGGGAUACAGAGAUAUUUGGUGUGGCACACUGAUGGCUCCCUCCCCUCCUUCCCUCCCCUCCUUCCCUCCCCUCCUUCGCUCCCCUCCUUCCCUCCCCUCCUUCCCUCCCCUCCUUCCCUCCCGUCCUUCCCUCCCGUCCUUCCCUCCCGUCCUUCCCUCCCCUCCUUCCCUCCCGUCCUUCCCUCCCCUCCUUCCCUCCCCUCCUUCCCUCCCGUCCUUCCCUCCCCUCCUUCCCUCCCCUCCUUCCCUCCCCUCCUUCCCUCCCCUCCUUCCCUCCCGUCCUUCCCUCCCCUCCUUCCCUCCCCUCCUUCCCUCCCCUCCUUCCCUCCCCUCCUUCCCUCCCCUCCUUCCCUCCCGUCCUUCCCUCCCCUCCUUCCCUCCCCUCCUUCCCUCCCCUCCUUCCCUCCCCUCCUUCCCUCCCGUCCUUCCCUCCCGUCCUUCCCUCCCCUCCUUCCCUCCCCUCCUUCCCUCCCGUCCUUCCCUCCCCUCCUUCCCUCCCGUCCUUCCCUCCCCUCCUUCCCUCCCGUCCUUCCCUCCCGUCCUUCCCUCCCGUCCUUCCCUCCCCUCCUUCCCUCCCGUCCUUCCCUCCCGUCCUUCCCUCCCGUCCUUCCCUCCCGUCCUUCCCUCCCCUCCACACACAGGGAAGCGCGCUGCUGCUGAUCUUGCUCUGCUUUUGAUCUCGGUGCUGGAGGCACAGGUGUUGGUGCCAUCAUACAGAUACAGGGAGUACAAUCUCACACUGCUGGCAGCAGAUAACACCACCGGCAUGGCGGCACACUAUGCCACGCACGCACUAGAUAACAACAGUGGCGCCAUGCCUGAUACUUCACAAGGGGGGAACGCGAGCGGGAGGAGGUUGGUGAAUGUGACGGCGUUUGCGGUGGUGGCGGGGACGCAGCGGAAUGCAACAGCGGGGGAGAUGGGCGUGGCGGCAGCAGGGGGGUGUGCCGGGAGGAAUGCGAGCAGCAGCAGCAGCAGCAGCAGCAGUGGCGGUGGUGGCGUGUUGCAGUGGGACUUGGCACGGGCCAUGGCAGGGGUGUGUGUGGAUGAGGGGUGGGUGCUCAUCCCUGCUGCUGCCACUGCUGACAAUUCAACGACUCCCACUGCUUCCUUCAAUGCCUCCUCCAAUGCCUCCUCCAAUGCCUCCUCCAAUGCCUCCUCCAAUGCCUCCUCCAAUGCCUCCUCUAAUGCCUCCAUUACCGCCCCCUAUACCGACGCCUACAAUGGUUUCUCCAUGCGCUCCCUCGCUCUCUUCGCCCUGGAUGAAGUCAAUCGGAACAGCAGCCUCCUCUCCAAUGUGACUCUGCUGGACGUCAUUGUAGCGAGGGCGAAUGUGGUGGAGGGCGCAGGGAUCAACUACAGUGUGACUGUAACAGCAGCGGUGGAUUCAGCAGCUGCAGCGACGGCACCGGCAGCAACGGCACAGGAAGCACUGCUGACGGUGCCUGGAAGCAAAGCCAAGGCAGUAGAGGUGGGUGCAGCAGAGAAAGGGGCGAAGAAGCGAGUGAUGGUGGUGAAGGUGGUGGUGUGGCAGCCGGUGCCCUUCACGGCUCACCGCCUGGUUGAUUUCUUCCUGCUGGAUGGGGGAGACAGUGGUGAGGGGAGUGGGAAGCAAAAGCAGGAGGGCGUGUUGCUCAUUGACUGUGCUUCCCCACCCCCGGGCCAUGUCCUCCUUGCUAACUGCACGGCAGUGCCCAAGGCUGGCUUUUCUUCUGUAGUUGCACCGAUAGGAUUUGUAAUGUGGUUCCUCGUGCUUGUCUCGCUGGGCCUUGUGCUGGCUCUCCUGUAG